GGGAGGGGGUAACGCACCGUCGUUAGGAGUCCAAGUCCAGGCAGGAGGAUAGACGCAUUAUUGCAGCAGCCUUCAGAGACACAGCACUUUACACGAGCGAAACUACCGCACUUCCCUCAAGACGCACAUCCGAUUGAAAGAGGGAGGUGUGGAGCAGGAGGACGGGGGCGGAGAUCAGAAAUCAAAAGACGCACAACUGAUUUCUCGUGACUGGAUGACUUAUUUUUCCCUUCUCGAUUUUGAGAUUGCACGCAUUUACCAUUAGCUUUUAGAAGAGGCAACUCCAGCGGGCAGCCAAUCAGCGCUGCGUCUCCGCACCCAGGAGCGUCGGGACUCCGCAUCGACUGCGUGCAGCCCUGCGGGAUUUAUAAACAUCCGUGGAUUUCCGCUUGAAUGGAUGAUCUUUUAGAAGUACUUCUCCCCUGAGCUCGCGUCGCUCCCCCUUCGGCUCCCGGUCCGCUCACCCAGUGAAUUAUCGCUCGCUACAUUGCGGUACUUUGUUGACGACUUUCAGUGCAGAUGCACCGCUAGAGGAUCGUCUCCACUGCGCAAAGACCGGCCGCCUGCCCGCUACCCUCCCUGCCCUCCUCAGAUACCUCACCCCCCCUCACCCCUCCUCGCUGCCUGUGAGCCAGUUCCAACAGCUGCAUAGAAGAUGUCUGCCCCGGAUGCUGCUGCCCCAGGUGGAGCCCCUGGUGCUCCAGGAGCCCCUGGUGCUGAUGGAGCCCCGGGUGGUGCACCUCCUGGCCCACCCAAUACUUCCAGCAACCGUAGACUACAGCAGACACAGGCCCAAGUCGAGGAGGUGGUGGAUAUCAUGCGGGUGAAUGUAGACAAGGUUUUGGAAAGGGACCAGAAGCUUUCAGAGCUGGAUGACAGAGCGGAUGCUCUCCAAGCCGGAGCCUCCCAGUUUGAAAGCUGCGCUGCUAAGCUAAAGAACAAGUACUGGUGGAAGAACUGCAAGAUGAUGAUCAUGAUGGGUAUCAUCGGAGUCAUUGUGGUUGGAAUAAUAUUCUUGUACUUCUUCUACUGAGCUCAGCCCAUCCUCACAGAUGGAUAUGGACUUAAGAAUGAGAUGAGCGGGAAGAGAAAGAAAAAAAAAAAGAUACCCAAGCGCCACUCCUUCCCUUUUAUCCGUCCUCUCCUUCUCUUCACACAGUCUUCCAUUGAACCAUCGUACGCUCCUACGCGGCAGUGGCGUUUAUAGGCGUCUCUGUUCUCUUUGUCCCUCUGUCCCUCCCUUCCGGUCGCUUUAUUCUACUGUUUUGGUGUCUCACUCACUCUGUCCUGCCUCUGCACCUCAUGUAUUAUUGAAGGACGCAGCAGAUGGAGCGGAAGAGGAAGGAGGGGAGAAAAUCCUUGUUACACGGGAACACACAAGAAUGAAGCCCUUUGAGCCGAGCCGGGAGAAAGAAAUGUAAAACGUUAACGUCGUGGAUGAGUGCAGGGAGGUUCAACAAGAGUUUGCAGUCCUUUCUACCUAAGAUUCGCCAAAGCUUGUUCAUAUUACCUUUUUCGAGAGUCCUACAUUUGUAAGUUGAUACUGACACGCGUAACUAACACGCCCCUUCUUCUUCACAACCGCUACAAUCAUUGCUACUUACUAACACGCGGUCAUGUUAGAUUAGUAUAAGGAACAUUUUAGUCGUAUGUCCGUGUGUGUAUUUGUGAUCCAAAGCAUUGUAGCCAAUAGCUGGUUUCCAUUAGUGAGUUUUUAGUUUCUUUUUUGGCCUAGCUUUCUACACGUACAGUAACAACAAUGAGUGAGAGUGUAAGGAAAGGAAGGAGUGUUUGGGGAUAAGUAGUGUACAUUUUCCUCUGUAUAAAUAAGACUGAUAAAUAGUUAUUGAUAAGGUAGUUGUCUAGCUAUGCUUUACUUCACCUUGGUCUUUGAGCGGUCGUGGAAGGCUUAGUGGCACAGCGACGUGCACACCAGGAGAAACCGACAAGCAGCUACUAACAGACAAUCCACUCACCGUAUACAUUUACUGACCCAGAGGACGUCUCGUAACUCUGACUUGGACAGAGUAAUAGCCAUAGACAGAUGAAUGUGAAGCAGCACAUUACAAAAAAAGAAAAUAUGUAAAAAAAAA